UAAAGUAUUCGCCCAACGUGGGGCUCGAACCCACGACCCUGAGAUUAAGAGUCUCAUGCUCUACCGACUGAGCUAGCCGGGCUACUACACAGCUAUAGUCGGAGUAUGUCACAUACAGGGUUUCCCCAACACGUCCCUCCAGCCAGCGACUCGACAGGCGCUAGGACCCGGCCGGUGCAGCACAGAGGCUUAUCGCUGUCGAUGUGCGGUGAUCCGGGACCAGACCGACCAAGUCCGUGUAAGCUAGCCUAGCGUCACCAACAACACAACGCCCGCGAAACACGCUCAUUUUCACACGGCUCUAUCCACAGCAAACUCUCGCAGAGGCGUUUUCCCCAUCUUCCGCUCGAUAACAACUUGAAGCUGAAGCUGAAGGUCAAGGUGGAGGCCGUUAUUUGAUGUGAAAGGGUGUAUAUCUGUACGCCUACAGAACGAGAGAGAGAGAGAGGCUCCAGCCAUACAAGAUGGAGUGCCAGUGGAAACCCGACGAGCAGGGACUUCAGCAGAUCUUACAGCUGCUCAAGGAAUCACAGUCCCCCGACACGUCCACGCAACGAUCCGUCCAACAAAAACUUGAGCAGCUCAAUCAAUACCCGGACUUCAACAACUACCUAAUAUUUGUGCUCACAAAGCUAAAGACAGAAGAUGAGCCCACUCGGUCUCUCAGUGGUCUCAUUUUGAAGAACAACGUUAAGGCCCAUUACCAGAACUUCCCAAACGGCGUGUCUGACUUCAUCAAAAAUGAGUGUCUGCAGAACAUUGGAGACUCCUCACCGCUCAUUAGAGCCACAGUGGGUAUUCUGAUCACAACUAUAGCCUCUAAAGGGGAGUUACAGAACUGGCCGGAGCUUCUACCUAAACUUUGUUUACUUCUGGACUCAGAGGACUAUAAUACUUGUGAAGGGGCUUUUGGAGCCCUGCAAAAGAUCUGUGAGGACUCUGCUGAGAUCCUGGACAGUGACAUGCUGGACCGCCCACUCAACGUGAUGAUCCCCAAGUUCCUGCAGUUCUUCAAGCACAAUAGCCCCAAAAUCAGGUCUCAUGCCAUUGCCUGUGUCAACCAGUUUAUCAUCAGCAGAACACAGGCCCUGAUGCUGCACAUAGAUCCUUUCAUUGAGAACCUGUUUGCACUGGCAGGUGACGAGGAGCCCGAAGUGAGGAAGAAUGUGUGCAGAGCUUUAGUCAUGCUUUUGGAAGUCAGAUUAGACCGUCUCCUUCCUCACAUGCACAACAUCAUCGAGUACAUGUUGCAGAGGACACAAGAUCAGGAUGAAAAUGUCACUCUGGAGGCCUGUGAAUUCUGGCUCACACUCGCUGAGCAGCCUGUGUGUAAGGAGGUUCUGUGUGGACACCUGCCCAAAUUGAUACCAGUUCUUGUGAAUGGAAUGAAAUACUCUGAGAUUGACAUAAUCCUGUUGAAGGGUGACGUUGAGGAGGACGAAGCAAUCCCAGACAACGAGCAGGACAUUCGGCCAAGGUUCCAUCGCUCACGCACUGUGGCCCAACAACACGAGGGGGGAGACUCCAUUGAGGAAGAGGACGAUGAUGAAGAUGAUCUGGAUGAUGAUGAAACCAUCUCAGAUUGGAACUUGAGGAAAUGUUCUGCAGCUGCACUAGAUGUCCUGGCGAAUGUUUUCAGAGAUGAUUUGCUGUUGCAUAUUCUUCCUUUACUGAAAGAACUACUGUUCCAUCCAGAGUGGCUUAUUAAAGAGUCGGGCAUACUUGUACUGGGAGCCAUUGCUGAAGGCUGUAUGCAGGGGAUGAUCCCUUACUUGCCAGAGUUGAUUCCUCAUCUGGUACAGUGUCUGUCUGAUAAGAAGGCACUGGUUCGAUCCAUCACUUGCUGGACUCUGAGCCGCUACGCACACUGGGUUGUUAGCCAGCCCUCCGACAUCUACCUCAAACCGCUCAUGACUGAACUACUCAAACGGAUACUUGACAGCAACAAGCGUGUCCAAGAGGCCGCCUGCAGUGCCUUUGCUACCCUUGAAGAGGAGGCUUGCACUGAGCUGGUGCCGUACCUUGCUUUUAUUUUGGAUACGUUGGUCUUUGCUUUCAGUAAAUACCAGCACAAGAACCUUCUCAUCCUCUAUGACGCUAUUGGGACAUUGGCUGACUCUGUGGGCCACCAUCUCAACAAACCAGAAUAUAUUCAGAUGCUGAUGCCUCCAUUGAUUCAAAAAUGGAACCAGCUAAAAGAUGAAGAUAAAGAUCUCUUUCCCUUACUGGAGUGUCUCUCAUCUGUGGCCACUGCCCUGCAGAGCGGCUUCCUGCCAUACUGUGAACCUGUCUACCAGCGCUGUGUCAACCUGGUCCAGAAAACACUCGCCCAGGCUGUGGUGAGAAGCCACACAAAUACACACAAACCCCCUCAUCUCUCGCUCCACCAGAGUCAGCCUGAGUUUCAUGAAGCGCCUGAUAAAGAUUUCAUGAUUGUGGCUCUGGAUCUGCUCAGCGGAUUAGCGGAGGGUCUUGGAGGGAACAUUGAACAGCUAGUUGCCCGUAGCAACAUUCUCACUCUCAUGUACCAGUGCAUGCAGGAUAAAAUGCCAGAGGUUCGGCAGAGUUCUUUUGCUCUGUUAGGAGAUCUGACCAAAGCCUGCUUCCAGCAUGUCAAACCUUGCAUUGCUAACUUCAUGCCUAUCUUAGGCUCAAACCUGAACCCAGAAUUGAUAUCAGUCUGCAACAAUGCAACAUGGGCCAUUGGAGAAAUAUCCAUUCAAAUGGGUUCUGAGAUGCAGCCGUAUGUCCCGGUGGUUUUACAGCAGCUUGUGGAGAUCAUAAACAGACCCAACACACCCAAGACACUACUGGAGAAUACAGCAAUAACAAUUGGUCGUCUUGGUUACGUUUGUCCUCAAGAGGUGGCACCCAUGCUACAGCAGUUUAUAAGACCCUGGUGUGUAUUAUUCAAUCUUUUAUUUCAUUCAUUCCCUCUUUCUGUCUAUCUUCUGGCUUUUCUCCCUACGCUUCUCUCUCUUUCUUUCUCUCACUCGCUCAAUCUCUCUCCAAACCUUGUCCCAGUGUUCUUGAAAAGGCUCCUGCUUUUCUUCACGCCUUGUGCUAGUAUAGAAACGGCCAGGAUUUUGUAAAUGCAGCAUAAAUUUCACCAGCAUUAUAUUUAUAUUUUCUUGUGAAAGCGACUGAGCAAGAAGACAUGGUAGGAGGCCUAUUCAAGACAUUUGAGGGAAGGUGUCCUUAUCUUUCUCUCUACCUUUCUCUCUGUUCUGUAUGAUUCAGUCUAAAUCAUUGCCAACCAUGUGACUAACCCUGUCCCUCUAGGUCUUGUCGUUUAAUUUGCCUCAGUAGCACCUUCAUGUAUUCUCAAUUGAUUUAUUUCAGUUUUCACUUCUGUUUUCGUCUUUUAUUGUCGCUAUCUAACUACUAAUUGAGUGCAUGGGGUAAUAUCAAAUGCUUGCUGGUUUUAGGAAACGGAAGUGCUAGUUAAAUGGAUAAAAAGAAGAGAAAUGGAAAAGCUUC